UUUGGUUCAAGAUCGGGUGGAAAAUUCUUGCCCAGCCAAGCAUAAGGGAUGUCGAUGACCGAUCGGCUCAAAGAGUACCAUCGGACCCUUCGCCAGAAGCGGGGCGAGGAGCUGUCCAUGAAGCAGGUCGCAGGGUCCUUUGGAGGCCUCUACGCUGUCAUCCACAUGCUACAGUACUUUGACAUUUGGACGCUAUUGUUGCUGAUGGUUGGAGUCUACUUCAUCUACAGGCAGAUUGCCGACAACUGGAGCAAGAUCAUGGCAGCGUUUACCCAGGAGACUCCGGAGCCUGUAAGCGCCACAAGUACCAGCAGCAGUCACUGGGACGCCCACUCAGCGGCGACGGAUCGGACGACUCACCAGGCUCCGGAAAAUCCAAAGAGAAGAAAGCACCAAACCGAUCUGAGUGAGGAAGAUUUUGUGCCCUCAACUCCGCAUGUCCUCGGGACACUAGUUUCGUAUAACCCGAGCCUUGCUCGACUGAGAGACUUCCGCGCGCGCAGGAACCGGAACCCGAAAAAGAGGUGCGGCCCAAACGGUGGCCUGCUUUGACAUGGGUUCCGAUAGGCCAAUGCUGCCGCAGUUUUUCCUCUCCCCAGAUUUGCAGAACAGAC